CUCAGCUGUAACACACCUUGACUGGGUCUGGAUAAAAAAAAGUGGGAACAGCAAACGUCUAGAAGAAAACGUCAGGGGAAGGAGGAGAGAGGGGGCAUUUACUCAAAGUUGUUUCUGAUUCCGUCAACACCUCAGACUAGGGGGCGAUGGUAUGGAUGUAACCAAGAACAAACGAGAUGGCAGUGAAGUCACUGAAAGAAUUAUCACGGAAACAAUAACUAAAAGACUUACGUCCUUACCACCAAAAGGGGGCACCAGCAACAGCUAUGCUAAAACAGGCUCUCUUGGUGGAGGGAGCCGGCUGGAGAAACAGAGCCUGAUGCAUGGCAGCAGUGGCUACAUAAACUCAAGUGGGAGCACACGAGGCAAUGCCUCUACCUCCAGUUACAGGAGGGCCCCUGGUGAGUUGGCCUCCACUCUGCCCAACUCACCAGGCUCGACCUUUGAGAGAAAAAUUCACGUCACCCGCCAUGGAACAUACGAAGGGAGCUCCAGCGGCAACUCUUCCCCUGAGUACCCUCGGAAGGAAUUUGCGUCUUCUCCAACCAGAGGACGGAGCCAAACACGAGAGAGCGAGAUCCGAGUUCGACUGCAGAGUGCAUCCCCAUCUACCCGAUGGACGGAAUUGGAUGACGUCAAGCGUUUGCUCAAGGGAAGCCGAUCAGCAAGCGUGAGCCCCACCCGGAAUUCCUCUAACACACUCCCCAUCCCCAAGAAAGGCACUGUGGAGACCAAAUUGGUGACAGCGAGCUCCCAGUCAGUGUCCGGCACCUAUGACACAACCAUCCUGGAUGCCAACCUUCCCUCCCACAUGUGGUCCUCCACACUGCCGGCAGGGUCCUCCAUGGGCACCUAUCACAACAACGUCACAGCCCAGAGCUCAUCCCUCCUCAACACCAAUGCCUAUUCUGCAGGAUCAGUCUUUGGAGUUCCAAACAACAUGGCCUCCAGCUCCCCAGCUCUGCAGCCUGGAAUCAGCACCAGCUCCUCAGUGUUUGGCAUGCAGAACAAUCUGGCCCCCAGUUCACCCGCCCUGUCCCAUGGCAUGGCCACCACCUCCACAGCAUAUGGUGUGAAGAAAAACAUGCCCCAGAGCCCUGCCGUUGUGAGCACUGGGGUGUCCACCUCCACAGCCAGCACCACAAGUGUCCACAACAAUGACCUCUUGCACAAGGACUGUAAAUUCCUGAUCCUGGAGAAAGACAACGCACCUGCCAAGAACGAGGUGGAGCUGCUGAUCAUGACCAAGGACAGCGGGAAGGUCUUCACCGCCUCCCCUGCCAGUGUCACUGCAACUUCUUUUUCAGAGGACACCCUAAAAAAGGAAAAGCAAGCUGCAUACACCACUGACACCUACCUAAUGUCAGAAGCUAAUGGAGACGUGAAGACCGUGUCCGCAAAGGGCAACGCUGCCUCUGCAGACUUCUACGGCUACAACCGCCACCGUGGGGGCGGCAGUAGCAGCGGCAGGGGCGCCGGCAGCGGGGUCUCCGGUGGAGGCGGCAAGGGCUCGUGGGGGGUAGCGCCAGCCUGGUGCCCCUGUGGCUCCUGCUGCAGCUGGUGGAAGUGGCUGCUGGGCCUUCUCCUCACCUGGCUGCUGCUCCUGGGGCUGCUCUUUGGCCUCAUCGCUCUGGCUGAGGAGGUGAGGAACCUGAAAGCACGUGUGGAUGAGCUGGAAAAGGUCAGGAGCAGCGUGCUGCUUUACAACAAGAAGAUGGAGAGGACCAGCCAGGACUCCGUGCAGGGUGUCGCACCGAGGCUGGGCGAAGGUGUCAGGAAAUCUGAGCUUGAUGGCUACAGUCAAGAAGACCUCUGGCAAUUCAUGAGGGGCAAGCUGAUGGCAGAACAGGAAAACGGAAAUCUCCGAGGAAGCCCUGGCCCUAAAGGUGACAUGGGAAGUCAAGGCCCUAAAGGAGAUCGAGGGUUCCCUGGGACUCCAGGUAUCCCUGGGCCCUUGGGCCACCAAGGUCCGGAGGGACCAAAGGGACAAAAAGGCAGUGUGGGAGAGCCUGGCAUGGAGGGACCCAUGGGCCAGAGAGGGCGAGAAGGCCCCAUGGGACCUCGCGGUGAACCAGGGCCUCCUGGGUUUGGAGAGAAAGGAGACAGAGGGGAUGCUGGUCAACCAGGCAUUCAAGGCCCACCUGGUGUCCCAGGUUCUGUGGGUCCCAAAGGUUCUAGCGGUCUUCCUGGCCCACAGGGUCCCCCAGGCUCUGUAGGUCGCCAAGGGCUACGAGGUGAAGUGGGACUCCCUGGCAUCAAAGGUGACAAAGGACCUAUGGGACCACCAGGACCCAAAGGUGACCAGGGUGAGAAAGGACCCCGAGGCCUCACAGGCGAGCCCGGCUUGAAAGGUUUACCUGGUGCUAUGGGCGAGCCUGGGCCUAAAGGAGCAAUGGGACAAGCUGGCCCCGACGGACACCAAGGCCCAAGAGGGGAACAAGGUCUUCCAGGGAUGCCCGGAAUCCGGGGCUUACCAGGACCUUCUGGAGACCCAGGAAAGCCAGGUCUCACAGGACCCCAAGGACCUCAGGGACUUCCUGGUACCCCCGGCCGACCAGGGGCUAAAGGUGAACCCGGAGCUCCAGGCAGGAUUGUGACUUCAGACGGAUCAUCGACUCUCACUGUCCCAGGUCCCCCGGGACCUCCUGGAGCCAUGGGACCUCCAGGACCUCCAGGUGCCUCAGGCCCCAUUGGCCCAGCUGGUCUCCCAGGACAGCAAGAGGGUCUUGAUUUACGAGGUCCCCCAGGCCCACCUGGACCACCUGGGCCACCAGGUGAACCAUCCAUUCCAGGACCCCCAGGACCCCGAGGCCCAGCAGGGGAAGGCUUGCCAGGCCCACCAGGCCCGCCAGGAUCUCUCCUGACCAGCUCAGAGACCUUCUUGUCCGGCCCUCCAGGCCCACCUGGCCCCCCAGGCCCCAAGGGAGAGCAAGGCGCCCCAGGCCCCCGAGGACACCAAGGCGAGCGAGGCCUCCCAGGGUUCUCAGCCUCAGGCUCCAGUUCUCUCGGACUCAACCUACAAGGACCGCCAGGCCCACCCGGCCCUCAGGGACCCAAGGGUGACAGAGGUGAUCCCGGAGUCCCAGGGUCUCCCGGCAUUCCCAGUGGGCCCUCUCGAGGGGGAUCAUCAUCGAGCACCAUGUUCAUGCAGGGCCCGCCAGGCCCACCAGGGCCCCCCGGGCCUCCAGGCUCCAUCAGCAGCUCCGGCCUGGAGAUUCAGCAGUACAUCUCUGACUACAUGCAGAGUGACAGUAUCAGGUCUUAUCUAUCUGGAGUUCAGGGUCCCCCAGGCCCACCUGGUCCCCCCGGGCCUGUCACCACCAUCACGGGUGAGACUUUCAACUACUCAGAGCUGGCCAGCCUCGUCGUGAGCUACUUACAGACUUCGGGAUACAGCAUCAGCACGUCCUCCACCUCCGUCUCUUCUGAAGACAUCCUGGCUGUGCUCCAGCGGGAUGAUGUGCGUCAGUAUCUACGGCAGUACCUGAUGGGCCCUCGGGGUCCCCCAGGGCCACCAGGAGCCAGUGGAGGUUGGUCCCUCCAGUCUUUGGACUACGCAGAGCUGAGCAGCCGCGUCCUCAGCUACAUGUCCAGCUCCGGAGUCAGCAUUGGGCUUCCUGGCCCCCCAGGGCCCCCAGGCUUGCCGGGAACAUCCUACGAGGAGCUCCUCUCCUUGCUCCAAGGGUCUGAAUUCAGAGGCAUUGUUGGGCCCCCAGGUCCCCCUGGGCCACCAGGGCUCCCAGGCAGCGCGUGGUCCAGCAUCAGCAUGGAGGACCUCUCAUCCUACCUGCAGACUGCUGGCUUGUCAUCCAUCCCAGGCCCUCCUGGUCCCCCUGGCCCCCCAGGCCCUCGAGGGCCCCCGGGGGUCUCAGGAGCUCUGGCGACAUACGCAGCUGAAAACAGCGACAACUUCCGGAGUGAGCUGAUCAGCUACCUCACAAGUCCUGACGUGCGCAGCUUCAUCGUCGGCCCGCCGGGUCCUCCCGGGCCCCAGGGUCCCCCCGGGGACAGCCGCCUGGUGUCCACGGACAGCUCCUACAGCCGGGGCGGCAGCUCCUCUUCUCUCAGUCGGGCCUCUUCCUACAGCUCCUCCACGGGCAUAGGAGGAGCCAGCGGAGGCUCCCUGGGCGAAGGGGGAGCCUUUGGCCUGGACGUGGGCCGGGUCCGAGGCUAUGGGGCAGCGGCAGAAGGCGGCAUGUAUGGCGGUGACGGUGGUUUCGGGGCCAGCUUUGCCGGAGGUCUGGAUUACAACGAGCUGGCCGUUCGGGUGUCUGACAGCUUGCAGCGUCAGGGCCUGCUCCAAGGGAUGGCCUACACUGUGCGGGGCCCACCAGGCCAGCCUGGGCCCCAGGGGCCCCCUGGCAUCAGCAAGGUCUUCUCCGCCUACAGCAACGUGACCGAGGACCUCAUGGACUUUUUCAGAGCUUAUGGAGCCAUCCCAGGACCCGCUGGGCAGAAGGGAGAGAUGGGCAUCCCUGGCCCCAAAGGUGAGAGGGGCCCUGCUGGGCCACCAGGUCGGCCUGGGCCACCCGGCCCUCGAGGACACAAGGGAGAAAAAGGAGACAAAGGUGACCAAGUCUAUGCUGGCCGGAGAAGGAGAAGCAUCGCCGUCAAGCCAUGA